AUGAACAUAAAAGUGAGAAAUAUAGCAACGGUGCCAUUAUUAAAAUAUUCAAAAUAUUCUGGUACCAAUAAUAACGAUGACUGUUAUGAUUUAAGCAAUUGGCAACAUACAGUUCCAAUGAAUAAUUUAUCGUUGUAUUUUUUAAUAGUGGUAAAUUAUAAUAAUUCUGCCAACAGAGUUGGAAAUAUUUUAAUCAAAAUAGUACAGUGCAAAGAGGAAGAUGGUAAUAUAGUAAAUAAUUUAGAAAAUAUCGAUUUGCAACAAUUAUUAUUUUCAUCAUCCGGGACCAAUUUUAUGGCUACCAACAGUAGUAAAAUAGAAGAGGUGAUAAGGUUUAAUGUUAAAUCUCCUGUAAUUGCAUGUAAAUAUUAUCAACAUGAAAAGCAACAUAGAUUCCAGAUAAUUUGCAAUGAUGAAAAUUAUAGAAAGAUUAGUCAAACACUAAACAGUUUGGGACUCAAGAUAAAACAGGGCAGACAGGUUAUUCGUUCAUAUACUACUGGAUGUGGGAUUAAUUCUAAUCCUAAAGAUGUUUGCAUCAAUAGGAAUAAUACUACCUUUGCAAUACCUAAAAAUAUUACCGACCACAACAUCUCAAGAACACAUUCUUUUUUUGAUGCUACUACUGCUACUUUUGGUGACGAUACUUACGAUUCUGAUAAUAUUACCACCAAAAGAACAAAACCAACGGUGAAUACUAAUAAUCCACCAACAAUACCACCGAGAAACUAUAAUCUGGAUGUUACUCUUAAUAAUAAUAACAUCCAAAAAACAAAUGAAGCAUCAUUAAAAGUAACAUCUUUUGAAUCUAACGGUUGUAAUCCUAGAAUGUUUGAUAAUAAUAAUAAUAAUAAUAUAAUUCCUAAAAAUAAUUAUUUAUUUGUUGGUACUCCAAAUAAUAAUAAUAAUAAUAAUAAUAAUGGUGGUAUUUCCUUAAUAAUUGACAAAGAUUAUAUUGUUAAAAAAAUACAGGAUAAAGAAUUUAUGCAAAAUGUGUAUGAUUUAGAAGAAAUAAUAAAAAACUUGGUACAAUAA